UCUCCCGGUCCCCGGCCCGCGCCGCCCAGCGCACCAUGCAGUGCCUGGGCGCCACCUGCCCGGUUUCUGCAGAGAGAACCCCCAGGCAAAGAGAGUGGCGACCCCAGAUUUAUAGGAAAUGCACGGAUACGACAUGGUUAUUCCUGUUCUUUCUCUUUUGGACUGGCUUGGUGUUCCUCAUGGGCUACUCGGUGGUGGCUGGAGCCGCAGGAAGACUCCUCUUUGGCUAUGACAGCUUUGGCAACGUGUGUGGCAAGAAGAACUCCCCAGUGGAAGGGGCCCCUCUGUCAGGGCAGGACAUGACCCUGAAAAAACACGUGUUCUUUCUGAAUUCCUGCCACCUGGAAGUCAACGAAGUGAGGCUCAGCCCCACGGCCCUCUGCGUGUCCAGCUGUCCUGAGGAGCAGCUCGACACCCUGGAAGAGGUCCAGCGCUUUGCACACACCAAUGGAUCCUUUCUGUGUGUUUAUAAUUUGAAUUCCUUCAACUACACCCAGAGCCCCAAAGCAGACUUACUGUGUCCCAGGCUACCAGUUCCACCCAGCAAGUCUUUUCCCUUGUUUAACCGAUGCAUCCCUCAGACACCUGAGUGCUAUUCCCUAUUUGCAUCCGUUUUGAUAAAUGAUGCUGACACCCUCCAUCGAAUUCUAAGAGGAAUAAUGUCAGGAAAAGAUACAGUCCUCGGCCUGUGUGGCCUCGCAUUAGCCUUGUCCUUGGCCGUGAUGUUUACCUUCCGAUUCAUCACCACCCUUCUGGUUCACAUUUUCAUUUCAUUGCUUAUUUUGGGAUUGUUGUUUGUCUGUGGUGUCUUAUGGUGGCUGUAUUAUGACUAUACCAACGACCUCAGCAUUGAAUUGGACACAGAAAGGGAAAACAUGAAGUGCGUGCUGGGGUUUGCGAUUGUGUCUACGGUUGUCACGGCAGUCCUGCUUGUCUUGAUUUUUGUUCACAGAAAGAGAAUAAAAUUGACAGUCGAGCUUUUCCGAGUCACAAAUAAAGCUAUCAGCAGUUCUCCUUUCCUGCUGUUCCAGCCACUGUGGACAUUUGCCAUCCUCAUUUUCUUCUGGGUCCUCUGGGUGGCUGUGCUGCUGAGCCUGGGGACAGCAGGAGCUGCCCAGGUUAUUGAAGGUGGCCAAGUGGAAUAUAAGCCUCUUUGGGGCAUUCGGUGUAUGUGGUGGUACCAUUUAAUUGGCCUCAUCUGGACAAGCGAAUUCAUCCUGGCAUGCCAGCAAAUGACUAUAGCUGGGGCAGUGGUGACUUGUUAUUUCAACAGAAAUAAAAAUGACCCUCCAGAUCGUCCAAUCCUUUCGUCUCUCUCCAUUCUUUUGUGCUACCAUCAAGGAACGGUCGCGAAAGGGUCAUUUUUAAUCACUGCGGUGAGGAUUCCAAGAAUCAUUCUCAUAUGCAUUUAUAACGCUCUGAAAGAAAAGCAGCGAAGAGCAUUCAGGUUUGUGUUCAGAUGCUGCAACUGCUGUUCCUGGUGUCUUGACAAAUACCUGCACCAUCUCAACCAGAAUGCAUAUACUGCCACUGCCAUCAAUGGGACGGAGUUUUGUACAUCAGCAAAAGAGGCGUUCAGUAUCUUGUCUAAGAAUUCAAGUGAUUUUACAUCUGUUAACUGCUUUGGAGACUUCAUAAUUUUUCUAGGAAAGGUAUUGGUGGUGUCUUUCACUGUGUUUGGAGGACUGAUGGCAUUUAACUACAACCGUGCACUCCAAGUGUGGGCAAUCCCUCUGCUGUUGGUAGCUUUCUUUGCAUACUUAGUAGCCCACAGUUUUUUAUCUUUGUUUGAAACUGUGCUGGAUGCACUUUUCCUGUGUUUUGCUAUUGACCUGGAAACGAAUGAUGGAUCAUCAGAAAAGCCCUACUUUAUGGACGAAGAGUUUUUGGUAAGCAGACAUCUCCUUUCCUGUUAUAGUCCCCCUCGUCACAAUCCCAAGUUUUGAAGAUUCACGCAGAGGAGGUUCUGUGCCCAGCUUUCACUUUCUCUUCCUGAGGGCUCUGUGGGUCCUGCUACCGUGUGGCCUGAACGUCCUGAGGACAACUUGAAUCAAGAGUCCUCAGUAGGAGCAGUAGCACUCCUGCCCUGGGUGGCAGGUAUCUGGACACAGUAGGAGUCCAAGUCCCUUUGGUGCUAAUGGCACGGUGGUCGGGAAGUGUAACCAUUGACCUUUUAAGCAUUUUUGUGUCCUCAAGCAUCAUGUCAUAAGGCUGGAUUUCGGGGAGGGCACACUCUAGUGUAGACUCAUCAGCUUUGGUGCCAGGAUCACAGAUCUGCACUUCUCCGGCCCUUUAUUCACCAGGCCACACCCUGUCCCCAGCGUGAGCCCAGCCCCCACACUGCUUCUAUCUGGAAGUAGCAGGCAGCUGUUUGUAACAGCUUUCCCAGCAGUUGGUGCUUGUUUACUUUAUCCUAUAUAGACAGGGAUAGUUUAACAGCUCGGUGUCUUUUUUUACUGUCUGAGUCACAUGAUGUUUUUAAUAAUUUUCUUUUAUCCUGUCGCCAGUAAACCGAGGGGUUGCAGCCCUUUUAGCUUUAAGUAGAGCCCGCAAAGCAACUCUUCGGUGCAGCAGGCACUGAAGUUUAACAAGCACCAUUACAGAUUUACAGUGUAUCUACAUUCUCCAUAUAAAAUGUAAACGCGCCAUUUGUACUUUACUCAUUUGUAGUUCUCUAAAGAAAGUGUUCUUAAUGGUAGUAGGAAACCAGCUUCAGGUCUUCCUUCCCUGGUUCACAC